CCAAAGUGACUAAAAUUGAACGAAGCCCUAACAAUCUCUGGCAGUCUUCAAUAGGAUUCAAUCAUGGAAACUCAACUUCCAGCAACAUUGCUCUUGAUCAUAUCCGGAUUGGUUCUGGUCCAAGGACAAACUCGUUCGAAAGUGGAUCCUCAUCGUUGUUAUCUCGCCAAUGGUCAAGUGAUUCUUUCUGGUUUCACAUUCUCGGAUAAUUGCAGCAUUUGUCGUUGCAACCGCGGGAUUCUCAUUUGUCGGGAGGAGACUUUGAAAGGAUGCAUUUACUUUCAAGACGAGACCACGCCUCUACCCCCCAUGAGUUGUCCAUUUGAAAAGCGCCAUAAAGUGAAUGGAGAAGUGUUCCCUGCCCAAGAUGGAUGUAACGAAUGUUUCUGCAUGUAUGGACAAAUCGAAUGUGUCGUUAAAGGCGGUUGUAAAUAAAAUGUGAUUUGGGAUCUAUAAACCAAUCCUCCCUUCUCAGCUCACAAGAUGGCGCUCUAGACAAAGAGCCUAGGAAGAUUCAGAUUCUUGGCCCUCUUCUGGCCAAACCAAUUUUGUCAACAAAGAUUCACAGCGAACGAACAAACGAUGUUGGAGAAGGAUCAUAUGGACUAAAACAUAUCUGUGAUUGGCAAUUUAGCUCUGGAAUAUGAACAUCUUACCCAAAAAAAGGUGGCAUGUCCGGACUCGUGAUAACAUCAAUCGGGUCCGCCGUGAUGAAGCCAAAGCGGCCGAAGAGCUCAAGAAGACAGAGGAAAGGAUUCUCUUGGCCGAACAAGAGGCCCGAACCACGUUAAUGCGAGCCAAGGCCAGAUCGAGGUUGACCGAAGAACAGAGAACUUUAGAGGCCAAAUACGAAGACCCAGCUGAGUUGUGUGGGCCUUCAGCAUCAUCCAAAGCUUUGGAACACGUGAAUUUUUUUGCCGACUUAGAAGCGGGUGAAACCACGCAAAAUACUAAUAAAGAGCGUGAGAACGAGCAAAAAGCCGAGCAGGAAGAAUAUGAGAAGAAAGUAGGUAUUUUGACUUACCUGGGCCAAGAUUCCAAUGAAUUGACAGGACAAAGGUCUUGGUGGGAGCGUUUGCCGGAGAAGCGAGCCACUCAUGUUUUAGAAGAGACCGAAGAAAAGGCCAUAGAGCUGAAGAAUAGCAAAUUCAAAGGCCUUCUCGAUCCGCUUAAUGAUAUCAGAAAGUAUUUGGGUUGCUCUGGGGUUCAAAAGUACAUGCGAGAAAAGCCCCAAGUGCCGUUAUCCUCGAGGCCGGAAAAGAAAUCGCUGAAACGGAGACGCGAUUCCUCUUCUUCAUCCGUAGAUUCGACUUUAUCAUCAUCAUCAUCAUCAUCAGCGUCCUCAUCGUCCGAUAGGGACGGCAAAUCAAAGUCUAAGAAAGCGAAAAGACCGUCCAAACGAGCCAAGAAGAGUAAGACGAAGAAACAUAAAAGAGAUUCCUCCAAAUCAAAGAAAUCGAAGAAGAGAAGUUCCCCCAAGAGCAAAAAGAAGAAGCAGAAACGAAGCAAGAGUCGGAAGGAGCACAAAGCAACUUCCGAGUUCGUGUCUCCCAAGACAGGAAGUAGCUCAUUUGAGGCUGAGGAUGAGACAGAAUUCAAGAAACAGCGCCAGUUAAAAAUGAAUGAGAUGGAGAAACUUCGAGUGGAAAGGCUCCUCCGUGAAAAGAGGGAACGAGCUCGAGCUAAUAAACUGCUAUUUGCGGAUUCAGAGGAAGGUAAACAACAGUCCACCUCAUCCUCACCGGUUGAUUUGCAUACCAGAAAGGAGCCUCGGAAGUACAAUUCCCAAUUCAAUCCGGACGCGGCCAGACAAAACAAAUUGGAUGCCAACAAGAAAUAUUGGCUCGAGUGAAGUCAUGCAGUCCCUGAGAUAUGGUCCAAGGGAGGGAGGGGAACAAGCAUUUUUCACUGUCAUUACGUCGUUUGUCUUCUAGUGUGUCUACCUGACCGAGGGGAAUUUCCUUGAAAUACACACCCGAGCAACCUUG